AUGGCCGUCGCAACAACCCUCAACUAUGAAGCUUACGAUGGCAGGGACUUCUAUCCAGGUACGUCUGGUGCCAUUACCCGCGCCUGGGAUCCUGUUGCCGUGAACGUGAACAACAUCCGCGGGCGUGAAGAUGAUUUCAGUCUCGAUAAAAGUGGCUUCGAGUUCCACCGACACACCUCAGCCUGUAAAGACUGGAACGACAAGGACAGCGUCCGGGACGUUGUCUACGAGGAAGUCAUUCAGCUACUGAAGCAAAGGACCGGAGCCUCGCACGUCCACCCCUGCGACCAUCUUGUCCGCGGUGCCACCUACGCCGCCGGCCAAUCAUUCGCCCAAACCCACGGCCAACACGACCGCCUCGGCUUCGCCGUCCCCAGCCGCAUGGUGCACGUCGACCAAUCGUACACGGGGGCAGUGCAGUACCUCCGCGACAAUCUCUCCGCCACCGACGCCGACAAGCUGGCCAAAACCCGUUGGGCCAUCAUCAAUAUCUGGCGGCCGCUCAAGCCCGUGCGCCGCGACCCUUUCGCCGUGUGCGACGGCAGCACCGUGCCCGAUUCGGAUCUCAGGGAGCAGACGGCCGUGCUGACGACGGCGAACGGUAAGUAUGGCGAUAUCAGCAAGGGGGAUCGGUUCAAUAAUUGGGUGGUCAAGAAGGGGGAGGGGCAUCGUUGGUAUUACAUGGAGCAUAUGACGCCGGAGGAGGUGGUGCUGAUCAAGUGUUUUGAUAGUAAGAUGGAUGGGCGGGUGAGAAGGGCGCCGCACAGUGCGUUUGUGGACGAGAGGUAUGAGGGCGUGGACGAGGCGAGGGAGAGUUGCGAGGUUAGGUGUUUGGUGUUUUGGGAGGGUGAGGAUGUUGAGUAG